CUUGAACUUUGCUCAGAAUUUCUAGACGCAUAUUACCAAUGUAGUCAAAAUCAGAUACCUGUACAAUGCAAGCGCCUGAGUGACUGUCGGCUGUGUUUGAUGUAAAAUGUCGCUAGAAAAACAAAGGACGACCUGGGAUGAAAAAGAGCGACUGUGUGCCGUGCGGCUAGUGAUUGAACAUUACGACGUGUUAUACGGAGGAUUUGCCGACGGAAUCACAUUCAAAGAAAAGUCGGCCGCCUGGAAUAAGGUGGCCGAUGACUUGAAUGCAUCAAGCAAUGUAAAGCGGACACCUGCAGAGGUUAAGAAAUUGUUCCAGAAUGUGAAAAGUAGAGCCAAGAAAAAGUAUAACGAAAACAUGGCCACUGGUGGCGGUCCAGUUGGCAAGAUAACACUGGCAGAGGAAAUUGUCCUUGAAUUUCUGAAGGACAAGCCCCAACUCAUAGGGAUCCCAGGCGGGAUAGAAUCUGGAGGUUCUGGAAGAAAAGAUUGUCCAUAUUUCACUAAGCUUGGUCAAAUAUUGGAGAAAGACCGUGCUGUAACGCAUAGCUGUACAAUUAGCAGUCAUAAAGAGGCCAGUCCAUUAGUAGCAUCAUGGGAUGAAUCAGUCAGUAGCUGUGCAGAGCCUAGGCCAAGCGAGGAUGAAGACACAGAGCCGAAACCUGUCUCGUGUGUCAAGAAAGCGCGGAAAACUCAAGCCGCUGAAGUAGUGCAAUUUCUCAAGUCCUACGUUGCACAGCAAGAUGAACGAUAUGACCAACAAAUGGAAGAAAAAAGAAAAAUGCAUAGAGAAGAAAUGAGUAUUCUAAAAAGCCUAGUUGAAGGAUUGAAAAAGAAGUAAUGUCAUUUCUUAGAAUAGUCCAAGCCAUUAGUUAUGAUGUGACAGGUGUGCCUCCUAAAGUGUUUACAAAUAUUCAUUGACUUUGUACCGUCUAUCUCAAGAUUUGUGCAGUAUAUCAUUUCAAAGCCAUAUUAUUUGAUUUAAAUUGUUAAAGUAUCUUUUCCUGAGUUUCUGUGAUCAGUCUGUGUCAGUUUUAUUUUCUUAUCUUUUGUUAAUAUGCUGUUUUCAGACUAGAAAAGUCAUGUCUACUUUGGCUACUAUAGUCAUAGUUAUACUUUAAUUUAGUUUUAAGUUAUUCAUAGACCUUUCGUAGUUUUAGAAACAUGUUAUUGUUGAAGUUGUGCUAUAAUAGCAAUGUUUAUCUAUGGUCAGAGUAUUCUGAAUUUGCGUUUCCAUUGUUAUUUAUGGGAAAAGUAAUGUUCCGUCUAAUAUUGUGCUCAUUGCGUUGCAUUGUUACAUAUAAAUUAGGACAUUGUAUUAUAAUCCAAGAACUGAGAUGCAAUCUAAAAUGACUCAGUUUGAUAUUUUUGAUGUUAUAUGGCUGUUCUAUUCAUUAACAUGUUCGUGAUGAUUUGUCAUUUGUUAUGCCCCAGGAUGGCAUUUCUUGCAUUUUAUUAUGUUCACUUAUCAGAAUGUAGGAGAGUCUAGAGUAUUAAUUUUGUGAUUAAGUUACCUUUGAAUUAAUGUUGUUGUUGUUAUAUUGUUUACAUUAUGUUUCCUGUUAAGUUGUUUUUGUGAUUAUUUUUUUGUUUCAAGAUUUCUUUUGUUUACGAUUGCAAAUUCCCAAGCUAGCUAACACUAUUACCACUUAAUGCCUGAGUUCAUGCAGGUCACUUAUGAGAAAAUAGUUUCUGCUCAAUAUCUUACAAACCAUUCAUCACAAAGAGUUGAUAUUUUAAGUGUAGUGAUUAGUCUUCGGGUAAUUACAUAGUGCUUAUUGGUUUUGAGGUCAGUUGGUCAAAGUCACAUGGGUCACAUAUGUAAUUUAAAGAUUCUUUCAUAGCCAUUUAUCACCAGCUGUUUUUGAUAGAAGCAGCUCGAUUUUGAUGUUAUUUGAUGUUAUUGUAGUUUUACAUGUCAUAGCCACCGACACUGUUGGUGGACAAAACAGUGUUAAAAUGUCUUUGUUGGGGAGAAAGAUGUCCAUUAUCUCGAUAAGGUGUCAUAAUGUUAGUCCUUUGUAACAUUUAUUCUCUUGAAUA